GCGAUUGUUCAAGAAAUGCCCGAAGAAGUCAGGGUAACCGAAGUGAUCACCGAGGAGGGUCAGCCAAAGAAGCAAACUAUCAAGAAACGUGUCAUCAAGAAAAAGGCUGGUAAAAAGGAGCAGGUCACCGAAAUUGUCACUGUGCAAGAAGACGAUCAGCUGCCUCAGACAACUGUUACCGUCACGGAAAAGGAGCUUCCGUUCGAAGAGGUCUCCGAAUUCGUUCCUUCGCGCAUUGAACCACAAGAAGCGAUUGUUCAAGAAAUGCCCGAAGAAAUGAAAGUUACGGAGGUGAUCACCGAGGAGGGUCAGCCAAAGAAGCAAACUAUCAAGAAACGUGUCAUCAAGAAAAAGGCUGGUAAAAAGGAGCAGGUCACCGAAAUCGUCACUGUGCAAGAAGACGAUCAGCUGCCUCAGACAACCGUUACCGUCACGGAAAAGGAGCUUCCGUUCGAAGAGGUCUCCGAAUUCGUUCCUUCGCGCAUUGAACCACAAGAAGCGAUUGUUCAAGAAAUGCCCGAAGAAGUCAGGGUAACCGAAGUGAUCACCGAGGAGGGUCAGCCAAAGAAGCAAACUAUCAAGAAACGUGUCAUCAAGAAAAAGGCUGGUAAAAAGGAACAGGUCACCGAAAUUGUCACUGUGCAAGAAGACGAUCAGCUGCCUCAGACAACUGUUACCGUCACGGAGAAGGAGCUUCCGUUCGAAGAGGUCUCCGAAUUCGUUCCUUCGCGCAUUGAACCACAAGAAGCGAUUGUUCAAGAAAUGCCCGAAGAAGUCAGGGUAACCGAAGUGAUCACCGAGGAGGGUCAGCCAAAGAAGCAAACUAUCAAGAAACGUGUCAUCAAGAAAAAGGCUGGUAAAAAGGAGCAGGUCACCGAAAUCGUCACUGUGCAAGAAGACGAUCAGCUGCCUCAGACAACUGUUACCGUCACGGAAAAGGAGCUUCCGUUCGAAGAGGUCUCCGAAUUCGUUCCUUCGCGCAUUGAACCACAAGAAGCGAUUGUUCAAGAAAUGCCCGAGGAAGUAAAAGUUACGGAGGUGAUCACCGAGGAGGGUCAGCCAAAGAAGCAAACUAUCAAGAAACGUGUCAUCAAGAAAAAGGCUGGUAAAAAGGAGCAGGUCACCGAAAUCGUCACUGUGCAAGAAGACGAUCAGCUGCCUCAGACAACCGUUACCGUCACGGAAAAGGAGCUUCCGUUCGAAGAGGUCUCCGAAUUCGUUCCUUCGCGCAUUGAACCACAAGAAGCGAUUGUUCAAGAAAUGCCCGAAGAAGUCAGGGUAACCGAAGUGAUCACCGAGGAGGGUCAGCCAAAGAAGCAAACUAUCAAGAAACGUGUCAUCAAGAAAAAGGCUGGUAAAAAGGAGCAGGUCACCGAAAUCGUCACUGUGCAAGAAGACGAUCAGCUGCCUCAGACAACCGUUACCGUCACGGAAAAGGAGCUUCCGUUCGAAGAGGUCUCCGAAUUCGUUCCUUCGCGCAUUGAACCACAAGAAGCGAUUGUUCAAGAAAUGCCCGAGGAUGUGAAAGUUACGGAGGUGAUCACCGAGGAGGGUCAGCCAAAGAAGCAAACUAUCAAGAAACGUGUCAUCAAGAAGAAGGCUGGUAAAAAGGAGCAGGUCACCGAAAUAGUCACUGUGCAAGAAGACGAUCAGCUGCCUCAGACAACUGUUACCGUCACGGAAAAGGAGCUUCCGUUCGAAGAGGUCUCCGAAUUCGUUCCUUCGCGCAUUGAACCACAAGAAACGAUUGUUCAAGAAAUGCCCGAAGAAGUCAGGGUAACCGAAGUGAUCACCGAGGAGGGUCAGCCAAAGAAGCAAACUAUCAAGAAACGUGUCAUCAAGAAAAAGGCUGGUAAAAAGGAGCAGGUCACCGAAAUAGUCACUGUGCAAGAAGACGAUCAGCUGCCUCAGACAACCGUUACCGUCACGGAAAAGGAGCUUCCGUUCGAAGAGGUCUCCGAAUUCGUUCCUUCGCGCAUUGAACCACAAGAAGCGAUUGUUCAAGAAAUGCCCGAGGAAGUGAAGGUUACCGAAGUGAUCACCGAGGAGGGUCAGCCAAAGAAGCAAACUAUCAAGAAACGUGUCAUCAAGAAAAAGGCUGGUAAAAAGGAACAGGUCACCGAAAUUGUCACUGUGCAAGAAGACGAUCAGCUGCCUCAGACAACCGUUACCGUCAGGGAAAAGGAGCUUCCGUUCGAAGAGGUCUCCGAAUUCGUUCCUUCGCGCAUUGAACCACAAGAAGCGAUUGUUCAAGAAAUGCCCGAAGAAGUCAGGGUAACCGAAGUGAUCACCGAGGAGGGUCAGCCAAAGAAGCAAACUAUCAAGAAACGUGUCAUCAAGAAAAAGGCUGGUAAAAAGGAGCAGGUCACCGAAAUCGUCACUGUGCAAGAAGACGAUCAGCUGCCUCAGACAACUGUUACCGUCACGGAAAAGGAGCUUCCGUUCGAAGAGGUCUCCGAAUUCGUUCCUUCGCGCAUUGAACCACAAGAAGCGAUUGUUCAAGAAAUGCCCGAAGAAGUCAGGGUAACCGAAGUGAUCACCGAGGAGGGUCAGCCAAAGAAGCAAACUAUCAAGAAACGUGUCAUCAAGAAAAAGGCUGGUAAAAAGGAGCAGGUCACCGAAAUCGUCACUGUGCAAGAAGACGAUCAGCUGCCUCAGACAACCGUUACCGUCACGGAAAAGGAGCUUCCGUUCGAAGAGGUCUCCGAAUUCGUUCCUUCGCGCAUUGAACCACAAGAAGCGAUUGUUCAAGAAAUGCCCGAAGAAGUCAGGGUAACCGAAGUGAUCACCGUGGAGGGUCAGCCAAAGAAGCAAACUAUCAAGAAACGUGUCAUCAAGAAAAAGGCUGGUAAAAAGGAGCAGGUCACCGAAAUCGUCACUGUGCAAGAAGACGAUCAGCUGCCUCAGACAACUGUUACCGUCACGGAAAAGGAGCUUCCGUUCGAAGAGGUCUCCGAAUUCGUUCCUUCGCGCAUUGAACCACAAGAAGCGAUUGUUCAAGAAAUGCCCGAAGAAGUCAGGGUAACCGAAGUGAUCACCGAGGAGGGUCAGCCAAAGAAGCAAACUAUCAAGAAACGUGUCAUCAAGAAAAAGGCUGGUAAAAAGGAACAGGUCACCGAAAUUGUCACUGUGCAAGAAGACGAUCAGCUGCCUCAGACAACUGUUACCGUCACGGAGAAGGAGCUUCCGUUCGAAGAGGUCUCCGAAUUCGUUCCUUCGCGUAUUGAACCACAAGAAGCGAUUGUUCAAGAAAUGCCCGAGGAAGUGAAGGUUACCGAAGUGAUCACCGAGGAGGGUCAGCCAAAGAAGCAAACUAUCAAGAAACGUGUCAUCAAGAAAAAGGCUGGUAAAAAGGAGCAGGUUACCGAAAUCGUCACUGUGCAAGAAGACGAUCAGCUGCCUCAGACAACCGUUACCGUCACGGAAAAGGAGCUUCCUGUGCAACAAGUAUUGACUGCUUCGGGAACCAUUGCUAAGCAAGUCACCAAAAAGAAAGUCUUCAAAAAGAAAAUCGGUCAGCAUGAGGAACAAAUUGAGAUUGUCACCGUGCAAGAAGACGACAAGCCGGCUGGAACUACUAUAACUGUGAUCGAAGAAGAAGCUCCAUCAGUGGAAGAGCUAAAGGAUGUGGCUAAGCCAAAGAAAAAGAAAGUGAAGGUCAUUAAAACGAAAAAUGAUACUGAUGAUGUGAUCGAGCGAUUGCUGAAUCUGGAAGUGAAGAAAACAGAGCUGGAGCAAUACGAGAAAAUUGAAGUAGACCUACCUAAGAGGUCCCGGCCUCUAGAAGAAACGACGAUCGUAGAGCAUCCGGAUGUGCUGCAAGAUGUUCAAACUGAGAAUGGUGUUUUCAAGAAGCAGAUUAUCAAGAAGAAAAUCAUCAAAAAGCGUGUUGGUCCUAAAGAGGAAAUCACUGAGGAGGUAACUGUGCAUGAAGAAGGCAAACAACCUCAAACCACUGUUACGAUAAGCGAAGAAAUUGUACCAUACGAUGACACCGAGCCGCUCGGUGAUGAUUUAGAGCCUCAACAAGCGGUCCCUCGCGACGCUGAUGCAUCCGCCAAAAUUGUUAAAAAGAAAACAAAGAAGGUUUUACACUCUACACCAGUGGUUGAAGAAGUGCCACAAGAAAUAACUACAGAUCUACCGACGGAACCAGUAGUUGCUCAACGCCCAGUCAUCGAAGAGCUUCCUGAACACAUUGAGGUUGUGGAAAGUGUAAGCAUUGAUGGUAAACUCAAGAAGCAUACCACUAAAACUAAGGUUAUUAAAAAGAAAACGGCUGGCAAGAUAGAAGAAGUCAAAAUUGUUACAGUUCAGGAGGAUGAUCUGGAGCCAGAAACAACAGUCACAAUGACAGAGGAAGAUAAUGUUCCUGAGACUGUGCUGGUUGAUUCUCCAGUAGCAAUCAUGAAGCCCAAGAAGAAAAAGGUUAAGACUAUCAAAAAGAAGGGAGACGAUACUGAUGACAUCAUUGAGAAGUUGUUGAGCUUGGAAGUCCAGAAAACAGAACUCGAGAAAUACGAAAAAAUUGACGUUGAUUUACCAGCAAGAUUUAAAAAGCCAGAAGAAAGCAACGUCAUAGAACUUCCCAAGCCAUUAGAAACAAUGGAAAAAUCGAAGCCUAUCGCUAAAAAGAAAUCUGAUAAAUCCACACCAACGCUGGACUCCACUAGCCUCGAAACACUUGAUUACCCUGUACCACAGGCAUUUGUUGAAAAUAUUGAUAUUGAAAACCAACCAAUCCUCGAUGAUUCACCUUCUGUCGGAGCAAUAGUUGCCCAAGCACACGAACAGGUUCAAGAGUUUGUAUUCGAGAUGCCACAGGAGCAGCUACCAGUUGUUGAGGAAAUGCCGGAAGAGACAAAGGUACAGGAAGUUGUCACAGCUAGUGGAGUUGUCAAGAAACAAACUACCAAGCGAAGAGCUGUUAAGAAAACAACUGGUGAUAAAGAAGAGUUGGUCGAAGUCAUCACUGUGCAGGAAGAAGGACAGGCACCAGAAACGACCAUCACUAUUACAGAAUCCGAAAUUCAACCAGAACUGCCGGCUGUUGUCGAGCGUGUAGAAAGUGGAGUAAAACCUAAAGCUAAACCAAAAUUGAAUAAGAAGAAAAUCAAAACUAUUAAAACAAGUGAUGAAGUGGAUGAUAUUAUUGAAAAGCUACUUAACCUCGAAGUAAAGAAAACUGAAUUGGAACGAUACGAAAAGAUUGAAGUUGAGCUGAAGAAACGAGCUAAAUUAGUCAUCGAAGAGGAGGUGCCACAGCCCCAGUCCUCAUUAGCAAUUUUGGAAACUAUCGACCUACCAGUACCUACAACUGUGCGUAAGACUUCCAGAAAGCAGCCGGUUAAAGACACGGAAGAAGUGAAGACAAUUUCAAUAAAGAAACCCAAACCAACACAUUCAACAGAGUCUGAAGAACAACCACUAAUAAGUGAAAUAAAAGAUACUGCGAUAGCGUUCGAAGAACACCCCGAUGAAACAGUUGCAGAUCAACCGUAUGCUAGUCCGGAAAAGGCAAGCAAAUCAACAAUAGGUAAAAAAUCUAAAACCAUCAAAGAGCAACACAUACCAUCGAAGCAUGGCGAAAUUAAAAUGGUUUCAACGAACGUUGAAGCUGCCGAUGAUCUGCUUGAGCCUGCUGCAGUAAUUCAAACGCCGGAAGAGUUAGCCGAAAGUGAGAUAGUUCGUGAACUGAUUCUAAUCGAGCCAUUGCUUCAGGAAGCCGUGGUACAAGAAUAUGAGGAAUCGUUCCUAACAUUUACCGAAAAAUCGGUAAAGAAAACACCAUCUGAGAAAACAGACGACUCUACAGUCGUCCAUGAAUCCAAAAAGAUCGAGAAGAAGAUAAAGAAAAAACCGAAGAAAAUCAAUAAGAAAGAAGAAGAUGAAGAGCUGGAGCGAUUGCUCAACCUAGAAGUGGAAAAAACACAGCUAGAACAGUACGAAAAGGUGGAGCUUGAAAGUAAACCGAAACCGGAAAAACCGAAACUAGUACUUGAGCCGCAAAAAAUUGAGCGAAAAGAACAAAAACCACAUAAGAUGCAAAUCACAGAAUGUACUGAGCAGCCACAAAUGGUUCGAUUGAGAAAGAUAAAGGUACCUGAGCGUAAAGGAGUGGAGGAAACGGUAGUGCCAAAAGUAUUACUUAAAAGCCGCAUGGUCUUAGUAGAGUAUCCACCUGCAAUGCUCCUACCAACAAUUACCAGUAUGUCUAUCAACAGAGCCAUUGGAGAGAUGUCAAGGAUCGAGGAAGAUGACAAUGAGAUUAAGCUUAAAAAGCUGAAGAAAAUCAAAACUACUAAGGGCAAAAAAAUUGAAUUAGAAAAACCAGACCUAACUGAUUUCGAAGAAGUAAAGCCGGAGAAAGAGGAGUUUGAUCAAGAAGCACACAAAUAUGAAAGAAAGCCUAAACAGAUAACUAAGGACGAGCCAGACGAAAGAACUCUUGUCCUUGGUAAAGGAAAAUUGAAGAAGGAAGAACUUGAAGACGAACAGGUGAAGCUCAAGAAAACACCCAAAAAACCCAAGGAAAAGGAAGAGGAACUGCCUAAGACUGGUAGAAAGGAGAAACUUGAACCGUCGGAGGUCGAACCCGAGCAGAGUGACCAUCCCUUGGAAAAACUUGAGUUUACGCCUGUGGAAAUUCCAGAUUAUUCGAUCGACAAAGAUGAAUAUGAAGCUCUCCCCCCUGAACCUGCAGCCCUAGAAGAGAAGGAGAAAAAGAAACCCAAAACCAAAAAGAAACCAAAAGCUCCGGAAAUAGAAGAAGAGCUAAAGAAACCGCUUAUUUUGGGCAAAGGCAAGCCUGCUGAAGAUGCACCCGAGGACGAUAUCAAGUUUAGAAUUCCGACAGCAGAACGACCUAAAGAGGAACCAACCGAUGUCAAGCUCAAGCCAUUUAAGAAGCCGUCUCCAUCGGAAGAAAAGCCCGACAGAGAGACUGACCGUGAUAUGGCACUGCCUUCAGCACCGGAGAAGCCGCAGCAAUCGGACGUAGAACUUACUGCGCCAGUGAAAGUUAAGAAAAUUAUAAAGAAAACCACCCACAAACCUAAACCGGACAGUGUUGAUGAGAUAAUAGAUGUGGCAGAUGAAGAAAUCCCUCAAACGGUGGCGGACACUGACGCCAGUCUUCCGGAUGUAGUUCAUGCUGUGAUUCCUAAAACUAUAACGGACGAAGGAUUCGAAAGGCCACAAGAGUUUUCCGUAUCUCCAACUCCAAAGAGUGACAUCGCGAUAGAAGAGCUACCCGAAGAUGUUUUAGUAACGGAGGCUCAAACCGAAUCUGGAGAAAUAGAGCAAACGACCGUUAGGAAGCGUAUUAUCAAAAAGAAAAAGGAAGACAAAGAAGAAAUCAUUGAAAUUGUCACGGUUCAGAAAGGAGAUGACAUGCCCGAAGCAACCAUUACAGUUACCCAAGUGACUCCGGAUGAAUCCGUUACGGCACCGGAUGAGGAACCAAAGAAGCGCAAACUGCGCAUCAAGAAAACAGUGAAACCCGAUAGCCUAGAAGCAGAUAUUGAUCGCUUGCUUAACCAAGAGAUUACAAAAACUGAACUGGAAGUUUACGAGAAAAGCGAGUAUGAACCUACGAAGCGCUCCCGCGAACAACCAGAGCUGGCGUCAUCGCAACCAGAGCCGUCAGUGCCGGAGGAGGUUCAAACCGUAAAGAAGUCAAGUAAAAAACCCAAGGCAAAGAAACCACAACAACAAAUCAGCUCAUUACAAGAAACACCUACAGAAUCAUUUGUUCCACUCGAACCAGCUGGACACGCCGAUACUCCACAGACACCCGACACAAAACACACAGAAGACAAACGUUCUUCAAGUGCAGCUACCAUGGACUUGCAAGAAGAUACGUUCGAGACGAACGAAUUCGUAGAGACCGCACCUUUGGGUGAUGUGGCGCAGCCCGUGGAAAUCCAGGAAGUGGCCACUGAAGAACCCGAAGUGACGGCAAAGCCUCAAGUAACUGCUGCUCCCAUGGAGCAGUUUUCAGAUGAACCACUGGAGCAGACGGACAUCGUAUCGACAGUGCAGCCCGAGGAAGCUCAAGCGGCCUCUGUCGAGAUUGCUUCCGAUGUAACGGAGAUGCCAAUCGUGAGUAAACCUUUGAUAGAAGCAGCACCCGUGGAGGAAGUAUUUCAACAACAGGUGGAAGAGACUGGAAUGGCAGAGGCGCUAGAGCUGCCGACACACCAAGUCGAAGCGAUCGAUGUACCGGACGAUGCCACACAAAAACCAUUCGUGCAAACGAAGCCCAUCCUUGAAGCGGCCCCGGUGGAGGAGUUACUCGAUCAAGCCGAAGAGGAAAUAGAUCGUGUUCCGUCGUUGGCAAUGGAUACUAUUCGGGUUGUCCCUACGGACGUUUCAGACCACGCCAGCGAAAGACCGCAGGUGCAAGCAAAGCCUCUUUUGGAGGCAGCCCCCGUACAGGAUCAGUUCGAUGUAUCCGUGGAGGAGGCAGAUACCGUAGCUUCGGUAACACUGGACGAGGAGCAUUUGGCGCCCGUUGAUGUACCGAACGCUGCGACAGAGGUUCCUGCUGUCGAGCUUAAGCCAACAAUUGCAGCAGCACCUGCCGAAAGCCAGCUGGAGCAACCGGUUGAAGAGACUGCUCCUGUUGAGCAGACACCACUUGAGGCUGAGAAACUCGAGCCCAUCGAAGAGCAGCGUGUUGAGCCGACGGAGCAAGCGCAGCUUGUUCCAGCGGCUGCCGUUGAAACCGCGCCAGCCGAAGCUCCCAAGAAGGUCGUCAAGAAGGUAAAAGUAACGAAGAAGACCAAGAAAUCCAUCGAUGAUGACGAGGAAUUACAGCGCUUGUUGAACCUGGAAGUCGAAAAAACGGAGCUUGAACAGUACGAGAAAAUCGAUCUGGAUGCUACACCGAAGGCUAAGCCAGAGAAGGGUGAGAUUGUUAAGUUAGAGCCUAUUAAGAUCGAGCGAAAAGAACAAAAACCUAUCAAACAACAAAUCACUGACACACAAGAACCACAAACAGUUAAACUGCGUAAAACAGUCGUCCCACAGAGGCCGGAACUGGAGGAUAUAACGGUGCCAAAGGUGCUGCUCAAGAGUCGGAUUGACCAUGUCGAGCAUGCAUUCGAGGGUCAACAACCGAAGAUCGUUGAACUGUACACGAGACCGGGCGUAGGACAAUUGUCGCACAUCGAAGAGGACGAAAAGGAGCGUACGAAGAAGAUCAUUAAGAAGGUGAAGGUUAUUAAGAAGGAAAAACCAGAGCUGGAAACGCUGGACAUAGAAAAAUAUGAAAAAGAACCAAAAACCGAAGAACCAAAAGAAGAAGAAAAGCCCAAGUAUCAGCGCCAAGUGAAAGACACUCCUAAGGAGGAAACGGAGGAGCGUACUUUGCAGUUGGGUAAAGGGAAAUUAGUGAAGGAAGAUGAGCAGCAGGAAGGGGUAAAAUUAAAGAAAACGCCCACCAAAUCAAAAGAAGAAACUGUUGAACAGGAAAAGCCGAAGAAAAAGGUUGAGGAAAAACCUAAGGAAGAAAACGUAGAAGGCAAGAAGCGCCACGUGGAAAAACCCACAUUCAAACCAACCGAUAUUCCCGAUUAUGAAACGCCACUCGAACCUUAUGUCAAACAUGAAGACGAACCAAUUGAAAAGCCGGUAGAAGAACCAGAGAAACCAAUAAUCCCGAAGGAGCCAAAGGUACCGCAGGUACCGGAAGAACCAGAGCACAAGAUUGUGCUCGGCAAGGGUAAAAAACCGGAACCGGAGCCAGAGGAUGAAUUCAAAUUCCGCAAACCUAUUCCUGCUAAACCGGAGGAUGAGAAGGAGGAAAUCAAGCUCAAGCCGUUCACGAAGCCCGUCCCAGAGACAGAGCCCAAAGAGCGUGAAGCGGAUCGAGAUAUGGCUCUACCUACUCCCAAGGACAUUCCUGAAGAUACGGACAAGGAGAAGGCUCCAAAGAAAGUUAUUAAGAAGGUAGUCAAGAAACCGAAAGCACCGUCCCAGGAAGAGGAACCGGCGGCAGUCGAGCCAGAAGCUGCGAAAGAACCGGCUCCGAUUGAAGUGCCUGUUCCAGUGCCUGGAGCAGCGAUUGAGGAAACACCGCUGAGAAAAGAGCAAUCGAAACAAUUGCCAGUGGAACAACCUUCCGAGACAGUGUUACCUCAACCAAUCGAAGAACAUACCGAAGAAUUUGAUAUUCAGCAGGCUGCACCAGCUGAAAAGCCCAUUGAAACUGCGCCAGAGCAGCUGGUGGAAGCUACUGUUGAAAAGCCCAUAGAGGUGCAAGAUCGAAAGGAAGUGAAGACAAUCAAGAAGAAGGUAGUCAAGAAACCGAAGGCUAAACCGGAGGAAGAUUCAGAGCUGGAACGUUUGUUGAACCUAGAGGUUGAAAAAACGGAGCUGGAAACCUACGAAAAGGUAGAGCUGGAGCCGAAGGAAAAGCUGAAACCAGAACCUCAGAAACCGGCGGAAGUUGAAACGCCUCAGGAAAAACCGGUGGAACCAGAGCCGGUCAUCGUACAGCCAAAGGUUUCAGAGGCAAAGGUGGUUGAGGAAGUUUCGAUUCCUGAAGAAAUUAAAACAAUAGAGCCACAGCAAAAACCAGAGCUGAGAAAAACCGAAAUUAUUCCCGUACCGGAACAUGUGGCCACUGCCGUACACGAGAGCCCAGUUGAAGUGUUGAAGGAAGAGCCUGUGGUUACUCCUGUUGAAGUUCCAGUUGUUCCAGUGGAACCAGCGAAAGUGGACGAAAAGAAGAUUACCAAGAAGAAGGUUAUCAAGAAGCCGAAAAAGGCUUCCAUUGAUGAUGAUGAACAACUACAGAGACUGUUGAAUUUGGAGAUUGAAAAAACAGAAUUGGAAAAGUACGAGAAAGUGGACGUGGAUAUUAAGAAACCCGAGAAAACGGUAGAAUCGGUCGAUAUUCGGCGUGAAUCGUUGGUGGCAGUGGUUGCGGACACAGCGCCGGUCGAAGUAACGAUCAAGCCUAAAAAGACUGUCAAGAAACCGGUCGAACCGGAACCUGUGGAUGCCGAAAUUAAAAUAACGAAGAAACCGCGGCUUCCUGAGGCACCGCAAGAGGUAGAGGAGCAGAUUGUGCUGAAGAAAAUGCCACAACAAGCCGAAGAAACGGUGAGUGCAGAGCGUAUUAUCAAAAUCGAAAUAGAACAGCCGGAAACGACCAAGCCAUUGAUCGAAGAGGUGGAAGAGGAUGAACCACACCUGCCUGAUGAAACGGAAGCAACGGUGGAACCGGUUGUCGAGGAACCGAUUGACGUGGUGCCAUUGGUGGAGGAGGAAAUGGCACCGGUACAACCACUGGUAGAAGAGGUGCACGAUGUGCAACCAGUCAUUGAGGAUGCAAUCAUCGAAGCACCUUCUGAGGAGAUGCCCACGACCGUGGAGUCUGUUCCUAUUGAAGCGAUCGUUGAAGUGCAACCACAACCAGUGACCACUCCUAAGGUAAUCGAGAGCAAACCCGAAGCUGAAGAGAAGGUACCAGAAAAACCGGCUGAGAAACCAAAGAAAAAGGUCGUGGUAGUCAAAAAGAAGAAGGCAAGCAUCGAUGACGAUGCCGAGUUGCAACGGUUGCUGAACUUGGAAAUCGAGAAAACUGAGCUGGAGCAAUACGAGCGAGUAGACGUUGACCUGCGCAAGCGUGAAAAGGUUCAGAUUGAGCAGCAACCAAAACCGCAACAGGCUGUCGAAUCUACGGUCGAACCUGAGCAGAAUGCACAGGUGAAGCUGCCACGCAAAAAGAGCCAACCGAAGGUGGAGACCAUCGAAGAAACGGAGGUUGAAUUUAAGAUAAAACCCAAGAAGCAACCCGUGGUCGAAGAGAUACAACAAGAAGCCACCGUUUCUCUCAAAAAGCCAAAGAAAAAACCACAAAUUACGGAGGAGACUGCUACCGAAGAGGUAAUCGUACUGAAACCCUCCGUACCCAAGCCGGAAGAGGUUGAAGAUGUGGAGGAACUGGUAAAACUUAAGAGUAAACCGGCACCGUACACUACGGACGAGGCAGAAGCCUCGUUGGAGAUUGUGCGCGAAGUGGAGCAGCCUGCGGAGGUUUCGGAACCGGAGAUUCCAGCCCCGGAACCGGUGAUAGUACCGGUAGAAGAGGUAGCUAAGAAACCGGAAGAGAAGAAACCAAAGAAGAAGGUUGUGCCAAAGAAAAAGAAGGAAGAUGACAUCGAUGAAAUUACAAGAAAGCUGCUCGAAAUGGAUGUUCCAAAAACGGAGUUGGAAAAGUACGAGAAGGUGGAUCUGGAGCUGGUUAAGAAACCCAAAGACACCAUCGAAGAGGUCACGAUGGUGAAACGCAAGCCGAAAGUAAAGCCUUCUGUCGAAGAAGAGGAAGAAGUGGAGGCGAAGCUCGCCCUACCACGUAAGAAAUCAGCGGCUCCAGAACCAGAAGAGGCGGAAGCCACGUUUAAGGUGGCUAGAAAGCCCUCUAUGCCAGCCGAGAGCGAGGAUGUUGAAGCAUCAAUUACCAUCACCAAGGAACAGGAGCUUCCGGA